CAGAUCGGCCGAGGUACCUUUGGCGUUGUGCGCCGCGCACGGUGGCAGGGCGCCGACAUCGCGGUCAAGGUGGUUGCGGCUGACACGAGCGCUGCCGAGCGAAAGCGAGCGGCGGGCAUGCUCUUGAAGGAGGCAGAAACCUUGGGCCGGGUCCGGCAUCCGAAUGUGGUACACCUCCUCGGUGUCUGCACUGACUAUGGCAGCCCGAUGAUGCUGCUCCCUCUGGCUACCGGCACUCUGGUCGACGAGUUGGACGCUGCCUCAGCGUCAGGCGUGCCGAUGGCUGUCGGCCGAAAGCUCCAGCUCGCCCGCGACAUUUGCGCCGGGAUGGCGGCGCUGCAUUCUCGCGGAAUCUUGCACCUCGACCUGAAGCCGGCGAACGUGCUGAUCAGCCGCGCUGAAGAGGCGCUCGUCGCCGACUUUGGCUUAUCAUUGCAGUUGAGGACGACGCUCACUGGGGCUUCUCUCGCUGCGAGCGCCCUCGCAACCGCAGCAGGCGCCCGCGGCACAAUGGCUUACAAAGCGCCUGAGCUGUCACGGCCCAAGCGCAAGGGCGGCGCCAACUACGCGAAGCCAUGCGACGUCUAUUCGUUUGCAAUGCUGUUGUGGGAGCUCUUUGCCGGCCAUCCACCUUGGGCUGGCAAGCCGGAGAUGGAGAUUCAGGCAGCGCACAUGGAUUCAUUCUACGGCGAGGAGCCCUUGCGCCCAGAUCUCCCGAGCGCCCCUGCCAAGGCGCUUGAGCUGAUGGUGGUAUCCUGGAGUCAAGACCCGGCCGCUCGGCCAACCUUCGAAGCGCUUGCGUCCGAGCUC